CUACUUUACUCAUCACCAAGAAAGGAAGAGUUAGGAGAAAAAGAGAAAAAAAAAGAGACAAUUGGUAUACUACAGACAUGCACUCGAAACAUAGACUACCCAAGAACAAAAAACAAAAAGACAUAAAAAGAGAAUGCCGCCCCUAGAGAAGAUGUUCGGAUGACAAGGUAGGAAGAAAGGAGGAAAGGAGGAAGUACAUUCGAUGCCGAAGGGAAGAAAAAUGCCAAUGCUGAUGGGUGUCGAUAUGCAGAAAUCGGGAAAACGAUGGAUGAUGCUGCUGCUGCUAAUGCUGCUGUGCCGUGCAUCGAAUGGGAGUAGUCUUGUGGGUUGGGUGUGUUUCUUUGCUUGUGUGUCGGGGAUGGGUGGGGGAGGUGGUUGUGGUUCGGUAUGGUGGAGGAGGAUAGGAGUAAGUAUUAUGAUCGGGGGUGCCUCAUUAUCAGAUCCAAGGUCAUCAGGCGUUCGAAUAUCCAAAGUAAAAAGGGGUAUCAUAAACGUCCAGUGGGUUAUUAGAAGCGAAAUGCGGUCGUGGUGGUGACGAAGAGCCCGGUGGAAUGGCUAUCCAAGAUACCACCCCC